AUGGCAGACCUCGACCCGAAACGCAUUGAUGAGCUGAAAGCUGCAGAGUUACAAAGUCCAACCGAGUACAAUGGAGCGGCCGAGGCUCGUGUGCGCCGUAAACUUGACUGGCACUUGAUGCCGCUCUUCUUCGUCCUUUACAUGCUUGCCUUUCUUGACCGCAGCAACAUUGGCAACGCCGUCAUAGCCGGAAUGACACGCGAUCUUCACUUGGUGGGAGAUCGAUAUGAGUGGCUGUUGACAAUCUUCUACAUCACCUACGUUGUCUUCGAAUUCUCCCUCCUUUUCUGGAAAAUCUUUCCCCCUCACCGAGUAGCGGCAGUCGUCGUGUUCUGUUGGGGCGUGAUCGCGACUCUACAAUCUGUGGUUCACAAUUGGAGUGGGCUUAUGGCUCUUCGGUUCUUCCUUGGUGCUUUUGAAGCGGCCUACGCGCCCGGUGUUAUCUACCUAUUGUCAUUUUUCUAUCUCAGGCAUGAAGUCGGUUUCAGGUGCGGCAUGUUCGCUUCAGCGGCUCCCCUCGCGUCCACAUUCGCUGGGGCUCUGGCCUACGGCAUCACGAGCGGUCACUCUUCGCUCAGUAACUGGAGGCUCCUCUUUCUGGUUGAGGGUCUCCCGACCAUCCUUCUUGCCCCGAUAGCCUUCUUCUUCAUACCGGAUUCGCCAGAUAAUGCGAGAUUCCUCAACGCCGAGGAGAAGGCCAUUGCUAAGUCCCGGGCUGUUCGACAAACGGGUACGAGCGAUAGAAUCGGAGGUGUGAACCUAAAGCAACUUGCUCAGACAUUGUAUGACGCGAAAGCGUGGUGCUAUGCUUUGAUGUACUUUAGCGUCAACGUGAGCUAUGCGAGCUUGCCGGUCUACCUUCCCACCAUUUUGGCCAAGAUGGGAUACAGUGACAUCAACGCCCAGGGCCUGUCAGCUCCGCCAUACUUCACCGCAUUCCUGUUCGCCAACAUUACAACUUUCAUUGCAGACAGAACACAGCAGAGGGGCUUGGUCCUCAUAAUCACGUCCCUGAUAGGGGGCAUUGGCUACAUUGUCCUUGCAACAGUCACCACCGUCGGAGUCCGAUACUUUGCCGUCUACUUGGCCGCUGCCGGCGUUUUCUCUACCAUUCCUAACAUUCUGGCAUGGACACUCAACAACCAAGGCAGCGAUACCCGCCGUGGGGCUGGGCUCGUCAUCAUCAACGUCAUCGGACAGUGUGGUCCAAUUCUGGGCACCAGACUCUACCCCACAGCGCAAGGCCCACGGUAUGUCAAGGGGAUGAGCAUCUGUGCCGCUUUCAUGUUCUUUGCCGCGGUAAUGGCCUUGGCGUUACGAAUCCUUUUGGUGUGGGAGAAUAGAAAGCUCGACCAGAGAUACGACAACAAAGCAGGGGAAGGAAGGGAGAUGGAUCAAGGCGCCGGUUGUGCCGUCGAAGAUUAUGGCCCCAGGUUCCGUUACGUUCUUUAA